GGUUUUGGGGGGGGCACUGGGCACAAUGUGCCAGGGAGGGUCUGGGAGACUCAGCCUAGCUGCAGCUGUUGAAAAAGGAGGGCAUCGUGUGCCCUUGUGAUCCUGGGCAGGGAGUCUGAAAGAGCCAUCCCCUGGCCGAGGUAAAUAUUAACCCAGCCAGACAACUCCCUUCCCCUCUGCCCAGAGCAUUGCCACCCAUCCUGCUGCUCUGCCAGCUCCCUAGUGCCCCCUGGUUGGCUCCCCGGCAAGAGAUUUCCUAGUGAAAGCAGUCUGGGGCUAGGAGUGGUGCUCCUUGCUUCCUUUCCACCCCAUGACUACACCAAUUCUGGGGGCUGACAAGAGAGGCCUCCUUCCUGCUGUUCCCCGGGAGAUAAAUGCCCUCCCUUUUGGCUGUGCCCUGGCCACCUCCCUUCCCUAGCCCGGGACUUGAUAGCCUCUACCUGGCAUCAUGCAAGACUGAGCAGACUUGGAAUCGGAGGAGCUGGGCCCAAAUCCCAGCUCUGCUCCUGAGUCCUUCUCCGACCGUAGACAAAUCCCUUUACCUUUUGGGGCCUCAGUUUUCUCAUGUCUGAGGCCUCUAAUGCCUUUGCUCUCCCCUUUCUUGGACUUUCCCAGCCUUCCACCCGAGGCUUGUGGGAGCGGAACAGCUGGACGUUGGCACAGAGCCGGCAUCCCCUGGGGGAUAUAAUUUGCCUCCUCCAUGGGGAUCGGGGCUUCUGGAGCAAGGCUGGUUGCUUAAGGAGGAAGGGAAAUGUCUGUUGGUCUUCUCCUGGUCUGUCCAUCCUCGAGAUUAAUCUGAACACUGAAUGGGCCUCAUCUCAAGCAGCAGCUGCUUCUCAGAAUGCUGGAGAGGGAGGUCCUGGACUAAAUGAUCCACAGCCCCCUUAAGUGGCAGACUGAAGGUCUUUGUCCUCUUUGUUGCCCAGAGCUUUAGAGAGUGCACCGAGCACGGGAAACACUGUAGCCAGAUGGGGACACUCAAAUGCUUUGACGGGAGUCAGCUAGGGGCGGUGCAUGUGUAGCAGGCUGCGGAGGCUGGCACUUUGUGGCAUGAGCAAAUACCCAGGUGGCCCAGGCUGCCAGGCCUUCUUCCUCAUGUAGUGGGCUGUGGCUACCCAUCACAUUCAUGCUUCCCUUUCUCUCUUCCCUCUCCCCUCCCACCCUGGUUUUAGUGGGAAAACCCAGAAGAUAGCAGAGAGCCCUUUCGGCAUUGCUAGGAUGACAGCUUCCAGACACUGGCUUCUGUAGAAGCCGAAUGAGCCCUUUAAGCCUCUUCCCAGCUCAGAAUUGUAAUUGAGAGGUCCAUUCAGUAUUGGCCAGAGACUAAAAUGCGUGUCAGACUGGAAAUUCACCUGUUUCUGGAAUGAGAGACCUUAAUGAGGUUUUUUCCAGCCUUCUAGCAGCUCUCCCCUCUGAACUGUUAUUUGUCCAGUGAGCCAGUCCGAGAGAGGACCAGGAGUGCCACUCCCCAGCCCCCUUCAUCCCUGGCUGGGACCUCUGGCCAGCUCUGCCAUCCUUCUUCCAGGUCCUGGGGUUGGAGGUGGGGAAGCUGAGGGUGUGGCUUUGUACAGAUCCUCACUGCACCUUCCCUUGCCAUAAGAAACUGUGGGAGUCUGUCCCUAGGUGGGCCUAGGCCUUUGGGACCCAUGGGGUGAGGGUUAGCUAGGCUCCCAUCUUCCAUCUGGCUCAGUCUCUGCACUGUCCCAGGUACGCCCCUCUUAGGUCUACAGAGAAUCAAGCAGACGUGUCUCCUCACCACAGCCUUGAGCCUCUGAGGCUCUUUGACUUUAACCCACUUGUUCUCCCCUGGGCUUUCAGGCUGUGGGGCCCCCACCCAGUCUGGGUCACCACAGCCUUGGAGUCUAGUGCCCUUUAUACAUCCAGCACAGCAGCCAUAAAGAUAGAAAGGCCACAGGGACUGAGGCCUGGUUGGACCUCUGCUGAGCUCUGCCCACCAUCCCAGUAGAAGGUGAGGGCCUGGGCUAGACUAGUCAGAGGCCCCUGGAGAGCAGUUUGCUGAAAAGGCCAGAGACCAAACUGUGGUGACCAGAGGGAAGCCCAAGUGCUCUGUACCUGUGGCGACAGGCCUCUCACUACCCUGCUCCCUCCUAAGGAAAGGGUGUUAGUCUCUCAGGCCUCGCUGUCCCAGGCCCCAUCACUGUGGGAUGAGUACUGCUGAGGAGCAGUUAGCCCUGCUGUGGCUGUGAGCCCUGUGCAUCCACAGGAUGGUUGACAACAAAGGCGUUGCCAGUGGCGUGCGGAGUGGGGAAGGGGGGGCGUCUCAGUGCCCAGUUGUUGGCCUUCCGGCCGGGCCCUCCCUUCAGUCCAUCAGCAAGCAUUUAUGAAGUGCCUACUACGUGUCAGGCGCAGUGUUCAGGGCUGGGGAGACAAAGACCAAAGAGCUGACUGUGGAGGGUUUAGAAAGUGCUCGAGGGCCUGUCUGCGCCUCCCCCCCCCCACCACACACACACACAGACUGUGGCCUUUGUUUUCUGGUGACACUAGCAUCAGGAGGUCUGUCAGGGUGACUAAUCUCCUCCAGUCUGGGCAGCUGUCACAGGACAGGAGAAAGCUGACACCCCAUAGGAGAGCCUGAGGAUAGCAGCAUGGGGCUGCCAGUCUGAUAGGUGGCAAAAGCUGGACUAAAAGUACCUGGGCAGAAGCUGGGGGCAAAGGCCUGGCGAAGGGAGUUUUCAUCCCCUCCCCCCCUUACCAGAGCUGGCUGUCUACCUUAUGUGGGGAACUUGUCCCAGUUGGGUUGAUUCCCAGAGAGCUCUUUUAUUUCCCUUGUGGAGGCUGGAAGACAUUGUUAAUAAAGAAUGGCCACAUUAAUAAUAGGGGCCGAUACUUCCCUGGCUCCUUUAUUCCUGGGAGCUCAAAGCUACUUAAAAAUAGUCUCAUUCACAUUUACUGCUUCCCUCAAGUUAUUCCCAAGAAUUGACCUUAAGGAGGAGCAGAUGGAGCUUAUGUUUCCCCCACACACACCCCCAAAAAUAUUACCUGGUCAGGCAACUUCGAUUUCCAGAAAUCUCCCUCUCACCCUGCCCCCCCAUGCCAGUGAGAAUGGAUAGAUGUUAGUGCCAGGUGAGGCCCAAGGCUGGCAGAAUCACCCCCUACUGGCCACACCUGUGAGAUUGAAGACACGGACCCAGGCCUAUCCCAAUGUCUCCUUUACAGAGGGGGUGAGGAGUCUAAGACCCAAGGCAUUAUCUGCUGACCCCCCCAUGCCCUGCAUUGUGCACAGUGCCAGCAUGAAAAGGGAGAAGUAGCAGCUUCUCCCUGCCCUGGCCCAAAUAGCUUGCCCAUCCUAGGCUCAGCUUUGCCACAGUGCCCCCUCUCCUUGCCUAGGCUUUGCCCUGGUGCCCUUUCCCACUGGUACCUCCUUCUCUACCUUCACCUUCAUCCAUGCCUGACACUCGCCCUUACUUCUGCCUGGCACCUGGAGGGGGUGUCAAGCCCGUGGCCUCCCAGGCCUGGGCCACCUGAGGCUGCUGCUUUGGAAAACUGUAGAAGUCGGCCAUUGCCAAGGCCCAAGUUCUGUUGGAUUCUCUUCCUGCUGCUCAGUGGCCUGGGAAGAAACAGAAUUGAGGGGUUUGGAAAACCUCAUGUGAUUGUUAGAGAUUGCCGGACCUGAAACAGUCACUAGAGAAUCUCUCAUCUGCCUCCCUCAUUUUACAGAACAGGAAACUGAUCCCCUGAGAGCUCAGAUGAGUGGCCCAAGACCCCACAGUUAAGAACCCGGGGAAGGAGGUUUGUUACUUACACUGGUCUAGGCUCUGUACCCAGUCUGACUCCUGGACCCUUCUCUAUUGCAGAUAGGUCGGUGCUCUCACAUCCCCUGCAGGCCUCUUGCCUUCCAUGCCCUGCUUAGUCAGAGGCUGAAGAAGCUGGGGGCGCACAGUGAGAGGGCCCUGACGGCUCCAUCUGGAGCUUUCUCAGGGUCAUUGACGAGCCUCCUGACUUGGGGCUGGUAGCGGCUCGCACUCGGGUCCCCCGUGGCUGCCGCUGAACUGCGUCAGUGCCCCCGUUCCCCAGCCCCUCCCUCACAAGCCCAGAGGCCCGUGGAAGGGCUCCCCGGCAGUGGGUUGUCAGGGUACCUCGCGCUUGCCUUUGCUUAGUGUCCAGUGUGGGACCUUCAGGUGCAGUGAAGCAGGCCCCCGCCACUGGGCCCCGCGAGCCUCUGACGGCCGCCACUCUCACCAUGGAGACCUUCUUUAGGAGACACUUCAGGAGGAAGGGGCCGGGGGCAGGCCUCAGCGGGCAGCGACGGGGGAGCGGGGUAGCCCUCCCCACGGGCAAGGUCCGACGGCGAUCCCCAGCCGGCCAGCCUUCCCCCUCGCUGGUCCGGCAGCGACGCUCCAGUUCACAGCUUCAGGGCUGCCUCCUUAGCUGCGGGGUGAGGGCUUCCCGUCGCCACUCCAGCACCACACCCCCAAGCCACAGUCCCCAUUUGACUGUGGAACGAGGCCCACCGCAGAGAUUGGCACCCACUGCUAUUGACGCUCGCCUCCUGGGGACCCCUCUACUCCUCACUGGUCUCAUGGGGAAGAGUGAAGCAGAGGAGGAAGAGACAGAGGUGCUGGGGCUAAGGACCCCUCAGGCAGGUGGCGAGGAGCUGGCCACCCCCAGGUCUCAGCAUCUGGGCAUCAGGCCCCGACUCCACGUGCCCCGGUGUCUCCGUCGACGCCGGAAAUCUUCCCACCUGCUCCCCACCGAUGUGAUGUAUGACUGUACCGUCUGGGGCCUACAUGGCUACUACCGACGUCUCAGCCAGUACCGGCCCCCGGGGCAGCACCUCGUCCCCGGCCCCUCUGCCAAUCCACUCCUGCUGCGCCACCUGCGCCCCCUGUCCCGUAGGCGGCAAGUGGCUCUGAAGCGCAAGUCCGCUGGACCAGAGGCCUGGAGCUCUCUGCUCUCGAAAGCCAUUGCCAAGUCAGGUCUCCAACAUCUGGCCCCUCCAAACCCCACCCCUGGAGCCCCCGGCAGCGAACCUGAGAGGCAGAUCCGAAGCACCGUGGACUGGAGUGAAACAGCCACCUACGGGGAACACCUGUGGUUUGAGACCAACGUGUCUGGGGAUUUCUGCUACGUGGGGGAGCAGUACUGUCUGGCCAGGAUGCUGCAGAAAUCAGUGUCUCGACGAAAGUGUGCCGCCUGCAAGAUUGUCGUGCACACGCCUUGCAUUGGGCAGCUGGAGAAGAUUAACUUCCGCUGUAAACCAUCCUUCCGGGAAUCAGGGUCCAGGAAUGUGCGGGAGCCAACUUUUGUUCGUCACCACUGGGUGCAUCGGCGGCGCCAGGAUGGCAAAUGCCGGCAUUGUGGCAAGGGCUUCCAGCAGAAGUUUACUUUCCACAGCAAAGAGAUUGUGGCCAUCAGCUGCUCGUGGUGUAAGCAGGCAUACCACAACAAGGUGUCCUGUUUCAUGAUCCAGCAGAUUGAGGAGCCCUGCUCCCUGGGGGCCCACGCCGCGGUGGUCAUCCCCCCAACCUGGAUCCUCCGGGCCCGGCGCCCCCAGAACCCACUCAAGGUCAGCAAAAAGAAGAAGAGGACAUCUUUCAAGAGGAAGUCGAGCAAGAAGGGGCCUGAGGAGGGCCGUUGGAAACCUUUCAUCAUCAAACCUACCCCAUCCCCGCUCAUGAAGCCCCUGCUGGUGUUCGUGAACCCCAAGAGUGGGGGCAAUCAGGGUUCUAAGAUCAUCCAGUCCUUUCUCUGGUAUCUCAACCCACGGCAAGUCUUUGACCUGAGCCAGGGUGGGCCCAAGGAGGCGCUGGAGAUGUACCGGAAAGUGCACAACCUUCGUAUCCUGGCGUGCGGGGGCGAUGGCACGGUUGGCUGGAUCCUCUCCACCCUGGACCAGCUGCGCCUGAAGCCCCCACCACCUGUUGCCAUCCUACCCCUCGGCACUGGCAAUGACCUGGCCCGGACCCUCAACUGGGGUGGGGGCUACACGGAUGAGCCAGUGUCCAAGAUCCUGUCCCACGUGGAGGAGGGCAACGUCGUGCAGCUGGACCGAUGGGACCUGCGAGCGGAGCCCAAUCCGGAGGCGGGGCCUGACGACCGGGACGAGGGGGCCACUGACAGGCUGCCCCUGGAUGUCUUUAACAAUUACUUCAGCCUCGGCUUUGAUGCUCACGUCACCCUGGAAUUUCACGAAUCUCGAGAGGCGAAUCCAGAAAAAUUCAAUAGCCGGUUUCGGAACAAGAUGUUCUAUGCUGGGACGGCCUUUUCUGACUUCCUCAUGGGCAGCUCCAAAGACUUGGCCAAGCACAUCCGAGUGGUGUGUGACGGCACAGACCUGACCCCCAAGAUCCAGGACCUGAAGCCCCAGUGCAUCGUCUUCCUGAACAUCCCCAGGUAUUGUGCGGGCACCAUGCCCUGGGGUCACCCUGGUGACCACCAUGACUUUGAGCCCCAGCGGCACGACGACGGCUACCUCGAGGUCAUCGGCUUCACCAUGACGUCACUGGCUGCUCUCCAGGUGGGCGGGCACGGCGAACGCCUCACCCAGUGCCGGGAGGUGGUGCUCACGACGGCCAAGGCCAUCCCGGUGCAGGUGGAUGGGGAACCCUGCAAGCUGGCUGCAUCCUGCAUUCACAUCGCCUUGCGCAACCAGGCCACCAUGGUGCAGAAGGCCAAGCGGAGGAGCUCCGUGCCCCUGCACAGCGACCAGCAGCCCGUCCCCGAGCAGCUGCGGAUCCAGCUACGCCGGGUCAGCAUGCAUGACUACGAAGCCUUGCACUACGACAAAGAGCAGCUCAGGGAGGCCUCCGUGCCGCUGGGUACUGUGGUGGUGCCAGGGGACAGCGACCUGGAGCUCUGCCGGACCCACAUCGAGCGGCUGCAGCAGGGGGAACCCAACGGAGCAGGAGCCACGGCUUCAUCCGGCCAGAAACUGUCACCCAAUUGGUGUUUCCUGGAUGCUACUACAGCCAAUAGAUUCUACAGGAUAGAUCGAGCCCAGGAACAUCUCAACUACGUGACCGAGAUUGCCCAGGAUGAACUCUAUGUGCUGGACCCAGAGCUGAUGGGCACCCCUGCCAGGCUUGCCCUCGAGGCCCCCCAAAGCCCUGACCCCACCUCUCCACCACCACCAUCCCCCAGGCCCAGGCCAGACCAAGGGGAUGCUGUGCCCCCGAAAGGGGAAGGCUUGAUAGAAGCUGCUGAGAGAAAUGACUUUUGUAAGUUCCAGGAGCUCCACCGAGCAGGGGCAGAUCUCAUGCUUCGGGACGAGCAGGGCCGAACCCUUUUACACCAUGCUGUCAGAGCUGGGAGCAAGGAGAUCGUCCGCUAUCUCCUGGACCAUGCUCCAACAGAAAUCAUCGAUGCCGUAGAAGAGAACGGGGAGACGUCCCUCCAUCAGGCAGCCGCCCUGCGCCAGCGUACCAUCUGCCACUACAUUGUGGAGGCGGGAGCCUCGCUCAUGAAGACUGACCUGCAGGGUGACACACCGAGGCAGCGGGCUGAGAAAGCCCAGGACACUGAGCUGGCCGCCUAUCUGGAAAACCGCCAGCACUACCAGAUGAUCCAGAGGGAGGAUCAGGAGACGGCUGUGUAGCUCAGUGACCCCUGGAAGCAAGACGGCAGGGCCCGGAUCCGCCCCUGCUCCGGGACCAGGAUGGGGGGGAGGGCCCGAGCCCUCGGCCUCACUUGUUCACACUGCUACAUUCCACUGGGCCAGGUGGACAGCACCGUGGGGGGACCCCGCCUGGGGAAGGAGCCCCAUGGCCCACCUGGGGCCUGUAAGACUUGAGGGAGGCACACAGAGACUGGACUCGGAGAGCCUGGGGCUACAGGCCCCCCUCCCCCCAUCCUGUGCAUGUUCUAUUGCCUGGCUUUUGAGCCCCAUCUCUAUCCUGGAGGCUGAAGCCUCCGGCCCUGACCAGGAAGGUUGAGGGAGAGCAGUUUCCUGAGGGAGGGGCAUUGCCCAGCCAGGAGAGCCAGUGACCCUGGCCACAGCCGCCAAGACUGAUCAGGACUCUGCCCAUAUCCCGGCCACUGUCCCCAGGAGGCGGAACACCUUCCUCAGCUGCCUUAGUGAGAGGGAGAUCCUAGGGCAGGAGAGAGGGGGAUUUGGAGGGAAGUGAAUCUGGGCCCCAGGAGUCGAGGGAGGGUCAGCCUGAAGCCAUGAGGUGAGAAGGCAUCCAGAGAAAGCCCAGGAGGGCAGGGGAACACCACUUUGUGGAGCCUGAGGCAGACGGGGGGUGUUCGAUGCCGCUGGCCUCACUCGGUUCUCUUACCCUCUGGAUCCCAAGCCAUCCUGCCCACUUCAGCACCUUCCUGGUGGAGCCUGCCCCCCCACCCCCUCCAUUGCCUUUAGCACGCAGAACCAUUUCAUCGCAGACAGGGCAGUCCCUGCCCGAGGUGGGGAGAUUCAUCCAGCACAUGGGGGGCGGGGGGUGGCCAGGGAAGCUUGUCAUGGUGUCGUGUUUACAGCCCAGCUGGGUGUAACUCAGUAAAAUGGAUGUUUUUUCCUAA